AUGGACGCCGACGCCCUUGACAACAUGGACGAAUUCUUCGACUUCGCAGCCCUUGAUCAGAACGCAGAUUCUGGAAGCAACCAUGUUCCAAAGCAGGAAAGCGUGCCGUUGAUUCAACCAGAUGAUGUCACAAAUAUCGACUGGGCUGUCGAGCCAGCAGCCCACCAUAGUCCCACGGACGAUUUUCAAUUGAACGACAUGCCCAUGUACGAUGUUAGUCAAUGUUUCUCCACUGGUGGUGUGAGCCAGCAAUGGCCAUCAUCUCACGGAACAGACAGUUUGGUGUCACGCAUGGUUGAGAGAGGUUUAGCUCAGACAACGGACCAAAGUUGGCAAACAGAUAAACCUCAGCAUAUGGCGGGUUCCAUGACAUAUGAUGAGGCAAAUCUCAAUAUUCCAUCAUCAUAUUCACCAUCUCUCGGGUUGACGCAAUGCAACAACGUUCAUGGCAACAAUGGAGGGAGCCCAGCUGACACCCUGGACUAUCGGCUUGAGCAAUCUGCAUCACAGAUCGAUCGGUCAACGAUACCGGCCAACACUUCCUUCCUUCUGAGCCAGGUACCAAUCAGCUCGGUCGCAGCCCAGCAGGAAGCCUUCAGCGGCACUUGGAAACCUGCAUCAGCCAAACGUAAAGGACCCCAAAGUCGCAUUCCGCUCGAAGCGAGGCAAAUUCUGGAAGAUGAAUUUGCGGUGAAUCCAUACCCAUGUACCUGGGAAUUAGAUAUCAUUGCACAUCAAGCCAAUCUCGACGUGAAGAAGGUUCGCAACUGGUUCAAUAACACCCGAGCUCGAAAGAAAUGUGGAGUCUCCACACUAGAGUUGUCAGAUCGCAACUGUCGCGUACUGAAAACAAAACUCUCAAGAGAUAGCCUAGAGAGUCUCGAAAAGCAGGCGAAUGGCGCUAAUCAGCUGCCGCAACCGCCUCUGGCAGUAUAUCUUGCACAGUCGUAUCAAGAAGAAGCAGUAGAGUUGUCUCUAGUACAGGCCGCCAUCGAUGAUAAUUCUCUUAGCGAGAGUAACCCAAACGACGGGUGGUCUGACUCGAGGCAAGGCCGUAGAGGCUCUGUCAUCACAUCUGUUGCGUCUUCCGAAGGCACUGCCCUGACGACUUAUACGGUUUCGUCUAACGGCAGUCGCGGCAAAACUUCGUCUUUUGGUCGUGAUCGAAGGCGGGGUAGACGUCGGAUGGCUUGGAAAGAGUCACCUCGCCAAGCUAUUAAUGGUGUCAACAGUGCGGGUGAACCCCAAAAGGAUCUUUCUUUCUUCUGCACCUUCUGCCCGCGAGCGUUCAAGACGAAGUAUGAAUGGAUUCGGCACGAAGACUCUGUUCAUGCGCUUCGAACUACCUGGAUCUGUUGUGACACGAAGUCAUCUGAGAUACUCGAAGCCUGUCCAUUCUGCGGUCAGACCCAUCCUGAUGACACUCACAUGGCUGGCCACAAAUACCAGCAAUGCAGGAGCAAGCCCGAAUCUCAACGGACUUUCUAUCGCCGCGACCACUUCAUCCAACACAUGCAUCAUGUUCACUUCGCUAACACCAAACACCCAUCGGUACGUGUCGGAUGCCAGGCCCGAUUGUUAGCCGCUCAGGGCCAUUACUUCGGCUGCAAAGAUCUCGCCAUGAAGUGGCGUCGCUUCGGUGCUCCAAUGAAGAAGGACGACCCGAUGCUUCAUUGUGGCUUUUGUGGGAAAAUAUCCAGAGACUGGUCUGAGAGGUGUGAGCAUAUCGCUGAGCACCUCAUCACGCGUGAGCUUGACCGUGCUGUGUGGUGGGGGGAGCGCAAGGAGAACCAUCUGGAGAAUCUAUACUCGACGACACCCUACGAGUCGUUCCGUUGCCGAUACUGCCAGAAAGUGUUUACGGAUGUCAAGGAGAUGAACGAGCAUUCCCAUUGCCGUGUGUGGAGCUGCCGUUUCCUGCGAAGCUUUGACGACGUUGCUGCUGACAAUGCAGGACCACCGCUUUGCCCGGACUUCCCUUCGGCGAAGGCUCACCAUUGCUAUCUUUGCGGUUCCGACUAUCGCACGUUUCAUGUCGAGCAUGCACAGAACUACCAUCGCUAUCGUUCAUGCAAUCAAGAAUUCUAUACGUCGGAAGAGGCCUUCCUCCAGCAUUUACACAACUUUCACGGCGCUUCACAACCUGCGCUACUGCGAGAUAGUAGCGUCAUUGAGCAGAGUUUCAUGCGUAACAAAGGCGCAUCAUUCGAGCCCGUGGAGUUCAAUGAGAGCUGGCAACCUUGCGUCAUGGAUCUUGAUGUAGCGUCUGUUAGUCCGUUUAUUGCCGACAACGCUGCCCCAACUUUGCCUGUCGGGCAGAGAAAGAACCAAGCUCAAGCACGCAAAGCGCUAGCGAUGCCGAAGAAAACCCGCGAUGUUGUUCAGACUUACGACGCGGAUACGAAAAAGGCACAAAGGCCACGGUCGGAUACCACGGUCUCGAAGGCCGAGACUCAUCACCCACGAUUUUUCCGACUCAGUACAUACGUGCCCUUCCGUUCAUCUCGCGUGUUCUUUUCCCGAUCUGCAAAGCCAACGGAUUUUCCGAAAGAUGAUCAUGCUGUUUUGGAAGAGCUAUCGAAACCGCAUGUUGCCACACUAAUCAUGACCGCGGGCACACUCAGUAUGGCUGCUACCCGUUGGUUCAUUCAACCUAAGACACAUGCGCUUGAUGGUCUGAUAGAGCUCACCAUCGAUAGUGAAGGAGACUCAGACUGA